CAACACAAGAUCGUUGUCGGCGGGAUGGAUAUGAUAGGGCAGGCGAUAGAAUUAUCACGGCAUUCUCAUGUUGUAAUAUCUACGCCUGGUCGAUUAGUUGAUCACAUAAGAAACAGCGGCGAUUCAGUUUAUUUGAAAAGACUAUGCUUUCUGAUCCUUGAUGAGGCUGACCGUCUCUUGUCACCCACGUUUGCCAUUGAUUUGUCCAUAAUAUUUGACAAUAUUCCAACGAAAAGGCAGACAUUGCUAUUCACCGCCACGAUGACUGAUAGCAUCCUGGCACUAGGAAGUGAAGAGGAACGAGAAGAAAAAGCCGUUUGUGUAUCUGAUGAAUUUUUGGUUCCAAAGUUAAUUCAAA